AUGACGAUAGAGGUGUCAAAAGAUGGAAAUGCAGCGCUGACAAUUGAUGGAAAAGUUCAGCAAAGUUUAGACUUUGGAACCUCCGGAGAGAAAGACAAUUUUCUGUCAACGGAUCCCAAUUCGCUUUUGCCGUCACAAAGGAGUCAGGUUCCCGGUGAAGGUGGUUUCCUCGUUGCUGAUGUCACUUCUCCACACGGGAUUGGUCAUCGUGUUGUCUUCAAUCGACAUCUAAACGUUUUUCAGUUCAUUCUUCUUGACGGUAGCCGAAAACACACGGUCACCUUUCGAAUCGAUGAACUUUUGUGUGUACAAGACUAUUCUGUGAAGAUUAAAUCGGGUGUUCCCAUUCUAACCGGAAAAGAACCAAUUUCAACGAAUACUCUCUUUUUCUACUUUGUUUUUCGAAAGGAUAAGAAGAAAUGGCGAUUAAAGGAAUUACCCGUUCGAUUCGCGACUCCAUCCGAGCGAAACUACUGGCAAUCGAUCAUCACCGCCACAUUACAAUGCAUUCGCCAACGCCCGCACAAGCUCACCAUCUUCGUGAAUCCUUUUGGUGGAAAAGGGAAAGCAAGGCACAUUUACAAGACACAGGUUGAACCGUUUUUCAAGAUGGCUGGCAUUCGGUGUAAUGUGAUUGAGACACAGAGAGCGAAUCACGCACACGAUUUUGUCAAAGAGAUGCCACAACAUGAAUGGGAAGCCUUGGAGGGUCUUGUUUCUGUUGGUGGCGAUGGACUUUUCAACGAGAUUCUCUCAGCCGCCAUUCAGCGAACACAGAAUGAAGCAGGCAAAGACAUCAACUCUCCAACCGCUCCCCGUCUAUCCACCCCAUCAUUCCGUUUUGGGAUCAUUGGAGCAGGCAGUGCGAACUCGAUUGUCUCCACAGUGCACGAGACGGACGAUUGGGCAACAGCUGCCGUGCAUAUUGCUAUUGGUUCUGAAUGCAAUGUGGACGUGUGUACGGUGCACGAGAACGAGAAAUUGUUGCGGAUAUCAGCGAACGCGAUCUCGUAUGGAUGGUUGGGUGACGUGUUAGAGGACUCGGAGAGAUUUCGAUGGCUUGGACCCAUUCGAUAUCAGUGGAGUGCUCUCCGAACAACAAUCCGACAUCCAAGGUACCGGGGGCGAGUGCAAUUCUCAUUAGUGCCAAAAGAGACACAAGAUCCGAAGAAUUCUUUGCCGCCGUGUGUUGGUGAAUGUCCGAUUUGUGAAGGCAAAGAAACGGCUGGUGGUUACGACUUUCAUUGGCAGGCUGAUUUCACUCACGUUAUCUGUUGUGUCAUUCCGACGAUCACCCCAUUUACCCCCUAUGGUUUAGCUCCAUUCACGGGAAUCGGUGACGGCUCACUCGAUUUGGCGAUGGUCCCACAAAUCUCUCGGUGUCAUAAUAUGCAAUUCAUGAGAAAAGUUGCCAUGUACGGAGGAAAAGGGCUAUACGGUCUGGAUCGAUCUUUGAACGUUUUCCGGGUUGAGCGGUGGUCCUUUCAACCGAAUAUGAACAUAAAUGCAACGCCUGGUGUGUGGAAUCUUGAUGGAGAAAUUCUCCAUCAGCCAGCUGAUGCGGCAUUGCAUUUCCGCCUACAUCCUCAGUUGAUCUCGUUUUUCGGACGUGAUGUGGCUGGAAUCGAGCUUGCCAAGCGGAGUGUCAUUAAAAGACACCGAAAAUCAUCUAUCGUUUACAAA